UACGUUUACAGGAAGCUUUGGCCUGUUAGUUUGCCAUUUUGUGACGCCUUGUGUGGAAGUUCGUAAACAGAUUUUGCUUUGCUUGCCUGCGGAGGGACAAGAAUUAUGUCAAAACGAAGGAUCGAGGUUGUGGAUCCGUAUAUUAAACGGAAAGCAGAUGGCUCGGCUACAUCCAAUAGCACAACUAUACCUUCGACAGCACCAAAAAAUCAAGUUCAACUAAAUCCUUAUACUAGUCUACCUUUUACACCAAGAUAUCAUGAACUUUAUAAAAAGAGAAUCACUUUACCAGUAUUUGAAUACCGUACUGAUUUUAUGAGGUUAUUGGCACAACAUCAAUGUAUUGUACUCGUUGGAGAAACAGGUUCUGGAAAAACUACACAAAUACCACAAUGGUGUGUAGAAUAUUCAAGACGUAUUGACAGCAAGGGCGUUGCUUGCACUCAGCCAAGGAGAGUAGCAGCUAUGUCUGUUGCACAAAGAGUUUCAGAAGAAAUGGAUGUUCCAUUAGGUGUGGAAGUAGGAUACAGUAUUCGUUUUGAAGAUUGUAGUUCUCCGAAAACUAUAUUGAAGUAUAUGACUGAUGGUAUGCUGUUACGUGAAGGCAUGUCAGAUCCCAUGCUUGAUGCUUACCAAGUGAUAUUAUUAGAUGAAGCUCAUGAAAGAACUUUAGCCACAGAUUUGCUUAUGGGUGUGUUAAAAGAAGUGAUUAAACAAAGACCGGAUUUGAAACUUGUGAUUAUGAGUGCGACUUUAGAUGCUGGAAAAUUUCAACAGUAUUUUGAUAAUGCACCCUUAAUGAACGUACCUGGCCGAACUCACCCUGUUGAAAUUUUUUAUACACCUGAGCCUGAAAGGGAUUACUUAGAGGCUGCUAUCAGGACAGUUAUUCAAAUUCAUAUGUGUGAAGAAGUAGCGGGAGAUUUGCUCCUCUUUUUAACUGGUCAAGAAGAAAUAGAAGAAGCUUGUAAAAGAAUCAAAAGGGAGAUGGAUAAUUUAGGUCCAGAAGUAGGUGAACUUAAAUGUAUACCACUCUAUUCUACACUGCCUCCAAACCUUCAACAAAGAAUCUUUGAACCAGCACCACCUACAAAGCCUAACGGUGCUAUUGGUAGAAAAGUAGUAGUUUCAACAAAUAUUGCGGAAACGUCGUUAACUAUCGACGGUGUCGUCUUUGUGAUAGAUCCUGGAUUUGCAAAGCAAAAGGUGUAUAAUCCCAGAAUUCGUGUAGAAUCUCUCCUUGUAUCACCUAUUAGUAAAGCAUCUGCGCAGCAAAGAGCUGGUAGAGCUGGUCGCACAAGGCCCGGAAAAUGUUUCAGAUUGUAUACUGAGAAGGCAUAUAAAAACGAGAUGCAAGAUAAUACUUAUCCUGAAAUUUUAAGAUCUAAUCUUGGCAGUGUUGUAUUGCAACUGAAAAAGCUUGGCAUUGACGAUUUGGUUCAUUUUGAUUUCAUGGACCCUCCUGCACCAGAAACUCUUAUGAGGGCUUUAGAACUUCUUAAUUAUUUGGCUGCCUUAGACGAUGAUGGAAAUCUCACAGAUUUGGGUGCUGUGAUGGCAGAAUUUCCAUUAGAUCCUCAAUUGGCAAAAAUGCUCAUUGCAUCUUGCAAUCAUAACUGCAGUAAUGAGAUAUUGAGCAUUACUGCUAUGUUGUCAGUCCCGCAGUGUUUUGUGAGGCCAAAUGAAUCAAAAAAAGCUGCGGAUGAUGCUAAAAUGCGAUUUGCACAUAUCGACGGAGAUCAUUUAACGUUACUGAAUGUUUACCACGCCUUUAAACAAAAUUUCGAAGAUCCACAAUGGUGUUACGAUAACUUCGUCAAUUACCGAUCUUUAAAAAGUGGGGAUAAUGUUAGGCAACAACUAAGUAGAAUAAUGGAUAGAUUUUGUUUAAAACGUACCUCUACAGACUUCACAUCAAAAGAUUAUUAUAUCAACAUUAGAAAAGCCCUUGUGAACGGUUUUUUUAUGCAGGUUGCUCAUUUAGAAAGGACCGGUCAUUAUUUGACUAUUAAAGAUAAUCAAAUUGUACAACUUCAUCCAAGCAGUUGUUUGGAUCAUAAACCCGAAUGGGUAAUUUAUAACGAGUUCGUGCUUACGACCAAAAAUUAUAUCAGAACAGUAACAGAUAUUAAGCCUGAUUGGUUGCUUAAAAUAGCACCACAAUAUUAUGAUUUACAAAACUUCCCACAAUGUGAAGCAAAGAGACAAUUGGAAGUGAUCCAAGCGAAGUUAGAUUCGAAACAGUAUCAGGAAGGAUUCUAACCUCUAUAUAUUUUAGUUAUCUUUAAAAAUGGUGUCACACACACAUACACACACAAAAUCAUUGAUAAUGUGUGGUUGAUCUGUUUUCGGCAUUGCGUCGAACACAGUUUUUUCAAACAUAAAGAAAAAAAAUAUAUAUUAAAUAUUGUGAGACGCGGCCGAGAGGAUAGUUGUCUGCUCUGUAUUUUCACUUAAAAAAUGUGUAAAGAAAAAGACAAAUUUUAAUGACAUUUAUAAUUUUGUACAAGCUUUAGCGAAACUUGUACGUUUUUUAGGCUAAUGUACUGUCAAAAAUUUGAAUGUAGACCUUGUUCUGUCCUAAUAUGAAACAAAUGAAAUUUGAUCUUUAAUCUGUUAGAAGGCUAUGGGAGGCAUAGUUUAUUGAUAAAUGGUUUAUUUAUGUACAUUAAAGAAAAAUUUAGUAACUAAGUAAUUUUACCAGUAGAAUUUGUUGAUCGACGUUUGCACAUUCGGAAUAUACUACUAGAUAAAAAAUAGAUUAAUUUUUGUAUUAAAUGUUGAACAAGUAUGUCAGAUAAGAUGUAUACAAUGCUUGCUAUCGAUAAGAGCAAUGAUUUUACAUAAUUUUCAGCAUAAAUUAUAUAUUUGCUGUUUUUUCUUAAGAUCAAGAAGUACCGUUUUAUGUGUUAUAUAUUUCACUUUUUUCAAGUACACACAGCCGAAAAUAUUACAUAUUUAUUAUAAUUUUAUUAUGACUGAAAUAUGCAUAUAACUUAUGCAAAGUUUUUCUUGUUUAUAAUCAACACAGAAUUGCACUGUAACAAUUUUACAUAAAGAUAAAUGAAAAAGCAAUCAUAAAGAAUUGGAAAUACGACCGUAAAUUAUAGUAUGAAAAAUCUGUCUAAGAAUCUAUGUGAUACAUUUAAAAAGAAUCAAAUUAUUCUUAUUUAUGAAUGCAUAAUAUAAAUUGCAACCCUUUUUCGCGGUGAGGAAUUAACUUACAGUGUUUACAAGCUAUCUCAACAAGGCGAGAAACAAAUUAAACUUAAUUAUUAUUCAAAUAAUAAAUCUUCAAUGCUGUCUAAUAUAGGCUCUAUGCAGACGAGUGAUUUUUAUCCAUGCGAUAUUGUUGCGGUCAUAUGUCAUUUUUUUUUGUUUUUUCCUGUUUGAAAAGGUAACAGACAUAUGGUCACAGCGAUAUCGUGCGGACAAAAGUCACUCGUCUGCAUCGGGUCUUAGGAUAAUCGUAUACGUUAAGAAUCGUGAAAUAUUUUCGCUUGUUUUAGAAUUGAAAAUUUUUAAAUAGUUCGAGAUAUUAUACUACAAAAUACUUUUUUCUAAACAAGAUAUAAUGUCACCAGAUCUAAAAAUGUUUUGCGUGUUUAACGUAUUCAAUAAUAGUUUGUUUUUGUAAAUAAAAGAUAUGCAGGUAUUAAAAGAACAUAGAAUCACGAAAGAUGAUCGCGAACAGUUUUCAUUGUAUUGUACCACUUCAUUCCAAUAAAAUAUUAAAAAUAUGA